AUGGCGCAGAUUUACAUCAGUAAAAUUCUUGACGUAGAGAGAUCCAGAGAGAAAAAGGACGCGAACCUGUCCAUUUUCAUCCAAAGGAAUCGCUCUGCUCCGCGUGUUUUGCCUGAGCAAAUCUGCUGUCGUCCGUGCGUGCAAGCGAUCCCGAGGGAGGCGAAGCACUUCGAGCUGGGGGAGGCCCGGUACUACACGGUGCUCGUGUGGUCGGCGGUGCUGUGGCAGUUCUUCUUCCUGGGCGCCGUUGGGGUCAUCUUCUGCGUGCACACGCUGCUGGCGGGCAUCCUCAUCGCGGUGUUCAUCCCGGUCACGGAGGUGGCCGCCGUCAUCUUCCUGCACGAGAAGUUCAGCAGCGAGAAGGGCGUGGCGCUGGUGCUCUCGCUCUGGGGCCUCGCGUCCUACUCCUACGGCGAGUGGAGCGAGGCCAGGGCCAAGAAGAAGACGCCCGAGGCCGCCGCGGAGGCCCAGGCCCCGUGAGAGUCGCGCGCUUGCAACUGUCGACGAUGGUGAUGAGAGACGCUCUGAUGAUCUCUUCCCGUUGUACUCUCUGUGUAUGCUGUGUGGUUUGGGGCCGUGUCGAUGGAUGGAGUCGUCGCCACCUGCAACUGUGGGAUGGUCAGCAUUUCUCAGUCCUCCAGUUGAGUUGGGUGGGUAAAUGGUAAUACUGUGCUGCAUGGUGCAUGGAGGUGCCAUACUAAUACUGCACCUUACGUCAAAUUGCUCGCGGCGAAAGGUUCGGGCGGUUGAGAUGGCUAGUCCGGUCCGGUAGCAUCGCGCUCCCAGCAGGUCCCGAGUUCGAAUCUCAUUAGAAGCGAAUUUCAGGCUGCUGGGAGAAAAAAACCCUCUCGCUGUGCUCGCCGCAAGGCUUGACCCUCUCGGGCAUGGGCCAGGGUUCGGGGGGUUUCUCUACCCGGUUAGCCGGUUAGGCUUCCUCUUAACGAAAAAACGGUGGGGUCCGUUUCACACCCCCGGGUAGAGUUUUUUUAAAAAUUGCUCGCGACA